GAUUGCUGAUAGACAGUAUAUAAAGCCCUUCUCCACUCUCAGCCAAAGAUCUCCCCUGGUUUUCUCGUGCCUUUUCUGCCGCCGGGAAUUCUACGAACUCCUUGCUUCUAUCUACAUUCGCCAUGUCGCUGGUUGCAAACGAGGAUUUUCAGCACAUUCUGCGUGUGCUGAACACCAACGUGGAUGGGAAGCAGAAGAUUAUGUUUGCUCUCACUUCAAUCAAAGGUAUUGGAAGGCGUCUUGCUAACAUGGUCUGCAAGAAGGCUGAUGUUGACAUGAACAAGAGGGCUGGUGAACUAACUGCUGCUGAGUUGGACAAUCUCAUGGUGGUGGUUGCCAAUCCACGACAAUUUAAAAUUCCUGACUGGUUUUUGAAUCGGCAGAAGGACUACAAGGAUGGGAAAUACUCUCAAGUAGUUUCAAAUGCAUUGGAUAUGAAGUUGAGAGAUGAUUUGGAGCGGUUGAAGAAGAUCAGAAACCACCGAGGUCUAAGGCACUAUUGGGGCCUCCGAGUCCGUGGUCAGCACACUAAGACCACUGGUCGCCGAGGUAAAACUGUUGGUGUCUCCAAGAAGCGUUGAGCGUAUCCAUGUUUUUAUGAUCGAGUUAAGUAUGUGGUUGUUGGGCAAAUCAAGUUCUUUGGCCUUUUAGUUGAACAUUUGAGCUGUUGUACUUUUUGGAAUUUUUAUUUGGGAUAUGGUAUUUUUGUUCAAUUUUACCCCCUUUUUCUUCUGUCUUUUAGGCUAGACAAUGAAGGUUAAUAGUGGCAAAUGGCGAAACUUUUUUAUUUAUAGAAUUCUUGUUUGUUACCAUCAAAUUUUGCUUGAAA